GGUUGGCUGGCAUAUAUUCUCAGGAAAUAGUAAAUCCUUCAAAUUAGAAACUCACUACAACAACAUCCCACGAGGAAUUUUCAAGGAGAAGAUCUUAACACCAAUUGUUUGGGCUCCUGUUUUUUGCUGUUCCUUCUACUCUGAAAAGUUUACAACUGAGUGCUAACAUCUUUAGAACAGAAACAUCUGGCUGUAGUUAUGGAAACUUUUUUCAGAUUACAGCACGCUUGUCAACAGAUUUCCGUGCCCACAAUCACCAAGCUGAGCAAACAUGAGUCAGUGUUUGACUGCGGUGGAGGUGUAGGAUAUAAAGACCGAAGGCAGGGAGGUGAAGGCAGAUCGAGAAAGAGAAGCAGCAACUGAACUCUGAGAACACAACCGGCUGAUCCCACACGAGGCAAAAUGAAAUCCUUCCUCCUCGCCAUCGCUGCCGUGCAGAUCCUCCAUUGCUCAGGAGUACCAAACCCAGAGGAUGCUCUGAGAGCAGCAAUAACAAAGCUGAACGAGAUAAGUGAAAUCAGUCAUCUCUGUGGCAUAAUCCGCAGCACAAUAACAGAUCUUUCUCCCACAGGAAAAAUCUCCUACAAUGUGGACUUAGCAUUUUCUGUUCAAGAAACAGUCUGCUCCAAAAAUUCUGGGCUGGAAUUUGAUGAUUCCAGCUGCAUCUUCCGACCAGUGAGAAUCGCUGAGACUGCUAGCUGCAGAAGCCGAGUGAAAUAUUUGGCCGAUGAAGUCCUGGACGUGGAUGUGGAAUGUCAUGGCUUCGGGAAAGUCAAGGGUAAUGGAGACUCGGUGGAUAAAGUGAAGGUUAAUGGAGUACCAUCCAAAAGGGGCAAAGGUCAGAGUGAACCAGCUGCAGGAACACAGAGACCCAGCAAGCCACCCAAAAGGGGAAAAGACUACAGAAAGCCACAUCAAAGAUUCCACUACAAUGAAGGAUCUUCAGAAUUAAUCAAUAGCAGCGAAGAGAUGAGAAUCAUCUCAGAAGAAUUAUCGAAUGAGGAGUCAUCAAUGGAGAACAAUGACGAUUCAAGAGCCCGACAUCGCCGACACUAACCAUGAACGACCUUUUUGAAAAACCAAGUUUGGUAUGAAUUCAAGGAGACCUUGUUCAGAUUGAAGUUAACAUUUAUACUUGUUGAUAUAUAAGGGAGACAUUUUGCGACGACAAAGAAAUCUCUGUACUUUGUAACUGUCCUCUUAUGUGUACUGCCUUUCAUUUUAAAUGUAUGUGCGAUGUUGCACUCCGACAUUCUUCAGAUUGUUGUUACUUUUCCCUUCAAUGCCAAGUAUGGAAUUCCAACUCAGGCACCUAGCAAUCUGCCUGUGAAAUGCUCGUAAAAAGGUCUCUCUGUUUAAUCACCGUCAGACAUGGACCAUUAGCUACAAAUUAACCAAAGUGGGAUAAA